CUACACCUUCCAUAAAGGAAUCACAUGAGUCGGUUCUAGGGCAUUUUCCUAUACCUCAGCUUCUCAUCUUCUUCUUCCAUUUUCCUUGUCAUCUCCUUCUCUCCCAUUCUAUCUUCUUCCAUUUUCCUCGUUUGAAUCUUUAAGUUUCUGAUCAGAAACUUUCAUAAUUGGAUCCACCUCAAGAUUAAGGUUUCUCAGAUAAUACAAAUCAUUCAUUUGUAAGUAGAUUAUCCCCUUGGCAAUCGAUCGGUCGUUUCGCUAUAUGCUUUAAUCUGAAACUUUAGUUGUAGUUUGAAGAUAAAUUUUGAGGUAAGAGCGUCUUUGAUCUGAGAUUUAGAGAUGAAGCGGUCGAGGAAAUCGAGAGGUGUUUCGUGGGCUCAUGGAGUUAAUCUUUGUCAGGUGAAGUUAUUCUCGUCAGAGGACUGCCCUUCGAAAGUUGGCUUGAAAUCUCCAGAUCAUCUCCAAGCUAAAACUCCCUGGAUGUUGCAUCCUUUAACUUCCGAAUUUAACGACUGUCCCCCUGGAUUUGAGGUCACUCAGUCAGGAAACCAAUUAGCAGAUCUGUCCUGCAUCUCUUCGAUUAAGUGGAAGUGUCCUCCCAAGUUUGUUAUGAAUUGCAACUGGUGUGUGGCAGCAGGAGAGGAAAGUAAAGAGGUAGAAUCUCAGAAAUUGAGGGAAAUGAGAUUUCUUGAAGCAGUUUAUCCCCGAGCUUCUGCUAUUCCACCAGGUGCGACAGUUUCUGUUGACAUUGAGGAUGAGCUUUACGAUGAUGGCCUCACUCCUCUUGUCCCUGUCAUUCCCAUUGAAGAAGAUGAGUGUGAAGAUACAGAGUCAGAUUCAGCUGCUGUAGGAAACUUCUCUACAAGCUCUCUGCCGAUGAUGGCUUCCAAUGUUAGGUUGGAUUCUGCAAUCCCAAAAAGUGCCACGGAAACAUCUGCUGUUGAAAAACCUAUCGAAAAUUUACCCGAUGUUGGUGUAGAUGUCGCUGCUGCCGCCUCUACUGCAAUGGCGGUAUUGAUGAAAAGCACGGAGCAGGGAAGCAUGAUCGACACCAAUUUGCUCAUUAAAAUUUUCAGUGACCCGAAAAUGAUACAGAAUUUGACAAAUAUUCUCCCUCUAUCCGAAUCUGAGUCUGGGAGUCCACCCAUUGCCACUGCUGCAUCAGUACCCGCAACGAAGCCAGUUAGCGAAUCAGUUUCUUUGUCUCUGCCAAAAUUCGAUACGAUACCGAAACUCCCAAAUGGAAGCUUGCCAAAAGUGUUGAAUGGAUUCCCAUCUAUGGUAACCCCUGCUCUUCCUCAGAUGAGUACCUUCCCUGCAUCUGAUGUGAAGCCAGCCUCAGUCCCAGGCCACUUGCCAGCACUAGAUCUCAACAAGGUAAAUAUUACCAUACCAAAUGGCGGGAACUAUUCUAAAAUCGGUACAGUUCCCGCCCCGGUAAGUUCGGUAAGAAAAGAAGCACAGCAAUGGAAGGAUCUUAACUACUAUAAGAACCUAGUAAGACAACAUGGAGAUCAGAGGGACAGUAAGGAACAGAAACUAGGACAAGAUGGCAAUAAUCACAAUCAUCAUAAUCUGAAUAUGGUACAUGAGAUGAAAGCAGAAAACUUGAAACCCAAGAUUCAGAAACAAUGCAUAUAUUUUAAUGGCCCGAAAGGGUGUCGAAAUGGCAUAAAUUGCCAAUUCAAACAUGAUAUCUCACUUAAGAAUCAAAACGCUAAGAGAAUGAAACUGUGUGGCGAAGUUACAGGUAGGACGUAAUCGGGUUAAGCUUCACCAUUCAGAAAUUUCCUUUUUUUUUUUUUUUGGUGGCUCAGGCAAGGAAAGUAUGAUCUUUUUGUGAGGCAGGGAAAAAAUCUUGUGUUAAUUAUAAAGGAAAUCAGGAUGAAUUUCAACAAGAUUUCCAAGGGAGAAUUUUGAAUCUGGGAUAUUCGUUUAUUAGUAGUUGGUUGUUUGAGAUUAGCAGGGAUAAAUGGUUCCCUGCAUAAUCCUGCAGCAUGAAUGUGAAUUCUUAGCAUACGAUUCUAUUUA